CUCAGGGCCCUGUACAGAUUCAGGGAGCGCGAUGGGACGUUGGUUGUGCCUUGGGGCUGCUCUGCCCCUCCUGGCCUCUGCUCCUUGUGACCCGGAGCCGGCCUGGAGGCUGCCGUGUGGCCCGCCCGCUAUCAACAGCACUGACUGUAUCAAGCAGGGCUGCUGCUUUGAGUCACCGAGACUCAGUGGGCAGCCCUGUUUCUACAACCUGAGAGAGAGCCCGGGUAAGCAGCCCCCUCCCGCAUCCCGCAGCGAGGAUGUGUUGUGUACAGCAGAUGGCCAGUUCAUUCUCGCAAUCGCCAGGAACCUGACCCAUCCUGCCCUCAACCUGUAUCUCGAUGUGAAAGAUGGACAAGAAGCUGAGUGCAGGCCUAAGGUCAUCACAGAAACUUGUAGCCUUCUGCUUCCCAAUUGCCUCUUGUGGCUUGACCCAGUGGAUGGCAACUACAGGCUGUGGUACAAGGACAGUGACUACCCCAUUGAGAGAAUCCUUCGGGAGUCGGUGUUUGUUGAUGUUCGUGUGAAGGAUCGCACUGACCCAGUGAUUGUCCUGAGAUUGCGUGACUGCUGGGCAACUCCUGUGCCAGCCCCUGACCAUGAGGUGCAGUGGAGUCUCCUGGUGGAUGGGUGCCCCUAUGAGGGUGAUGACUACCUGACUGUCCUACACCCAGUAGAUGCCUCUUCUGGCCUGCAGUUCCCAACCCGUCACAAGCAGUUUGAAGUGAAGACCUUUGUUUUCUUGGAUGGUGUGUCUGAGCAGCCCCUCUCCGAACAGGUGGACUUGCAUUGCAGUGCUGAGGUUUGCUCUCCCUCUGGUCAGGAUGACUGUGCACCCAGAUGUGGUCCAAGUGAGUUCCUCCUGUGGAAGGCCAGCAGUGUUUUAAAUGGCCUUACUGAGAAAGUAAUGAGCCAUGUGCAUGAAGGAGAACUGGCAGAUGGCCUGUUGCCUAAAGGCAUGUGAAGGUGCCACAGUAAAUGUGAUGGAAGAACUUUGCAGUGCAGGCAUGUAAUUUGAAGAAAGGGACCUUCCAGUUGUAAUAGAAGACAUGCAUGAAUGGGUCACCGAAGCUGGCAAGUGAAUGUUGGAAUUCAAUUCACAAAAUCUCUGGGUCCUUCAUAAAACUAAAUGUCUAAUUGAUAAAUUAGAUUGCAGACAUGGGUACAAUUUGGUAAGAAUUGAUGGGUAGUAAUGCCACUAGACUAGCAACCCAGAACCUCAGGCUAAUUUUCAGGGGAAUCAUCUGAUUGAAAUUUUGCCACAGCAAGUCAUGAAAUGGUGACCAUGUAACUGCUGUCAACACUUUUAUAGAAAUCUUUCCUUUUUCAGGAAGGGUGCCUCCUGUUUUUGCCUGGCUUAACCUACGCUUGUCUCCAGACCCACAGCAAUGUGCUGACUCUCAAUUGCAUCCUGCACCACCCCCCCCCCUCCCCAGCCCCCUCCAUUAGAGGUGUAAUGUUCAGUGGGCAAGAAUUCAGAGACCUGCAAAAUGAUGUCUAUUUAGUAGGAAGAACAGUAUUCUCUGGGGGAAUAACAGCAGUGAGAUGCUCUCCAUUAAAUGUUUGCAGGUGCGGCAACCAGUUGGGAAAGAAUGUACCAUAGGUGGUUUCUCAACAGUUCUUGGAAGCACCAGACACUACAUCUGCUCCCAGGUCGUCUAGGUCACCACCUUUUCCAUGCCUAUAAAUGAAACAGAAGCCUUGUAUUUCAUCCUAGGAUGAUAGGUUGCCUUGAACAGUUGAGUCUCUUGAAAAGAUCAAAUGGGAUGAUUGUAGUGUUGUGGGUAGGGUGGAGGUAGAUGCAAGAACUGCAGCAGUUCCUGGAGGCAGUUCCCUACUUUAGGAAGCUAGGGAUGGGCCGUAAAUGUCAGCCAAGCCAGCAAUGCCCAUGUCUUCCGUGGAUCUCCACUUCACUCCAAUCUGUCAAAUGGUAGGAUAGGUUAAGGGCCUGAAUGUCCUCCUGUUCGCACUCCCUCUGAAUUGGGAAGCCAUCUAUUCCAGAUCUGGAUUUGGACUAACUUGUUUGCUUAAGCAAUUUCUGCUGGCCUGUGUCUGGAGGCUUGAUCCCCUCUAUACGGAUAGUGAGAGGGGUCUUUAUGUAAAUGUGAACUUUAGGUCCACCUCUUAAAGCAUUGACUUGUGCACCCUCAAUGCCCAAAACUAAAGCCUGGAUUUAGUGGUCACAAAUUGAAAUACAUGCCACUGAUCUGAAGAACCUUUAUUGGAGUUGUAACAGUCUAGGGCAAGAACAUUACAAACUGUAUCAGCAGGAACAUAAGCUUGAAUGUGUUUCCAGCUGGAAUUGUAAUGAAGCUUAAUAUGAGCCAGGCACUUGCCAUUCCCCAAACAUAACAAUUGAUGUUACAUGUGAUAAGUGAAGUGUACGUGGUCGUUGUUGCUCUGACAAGUGCAACAACAUUGUUGCAGAAGGUGUUUUUUCUCCAACUUCACUGAUUUGAAUUUCUUGUUGGGAAUCCAUUGGCAGCCUGAUUGAUGCUUGGAGCAGUGACUGCUCAUGAUGUUUUCA